GCAGCCCCUCAGAGCACGGCAGGCAGGCGGAAAGUAGCUGCAGUGGCCAGGCCAACCAAAAAAAUUCAACAACAAAAAAAAAUCUGUCCGAACCCCGUCCACCAAACUGUCCCGGGAAAGUUAGGUGUCACUACCAGGUAACGGAUGUGCAUGUUUUUCCUCCCGCUCGGUUCCGUGCGACCUGCUCCGCGGGCGCUUCGAGUCUUUUCGACAGGCAGCAGACGCAGACAGGCGCCAGUCCGCGUUGGACAGGAGGCGGAAGGAGCCUGUCCAUUGUGCCGCCGACAGAGAGAGACAAGCGCUCCGUACGCGCCGGCUGCGCGCUCCGAACGCGGCGGUUUCCGUCUGGCGACGUUCUCUUUCCCGCUGACACCUGGAGACCGAUGUGAUGUCCGAGAGAUUUGGCAGCUGCUCGGCGGAGCAGCAUCAUACGGGAGGACACCAUGUGAGUUAAUGGCAGCGAAGGAGUCGGGACUGUGCUUGACGAGGGAAGAGCCAACCUGUACUGUUGGAUGAGACUGAUGAGCUGUACACGCUGACAAUAGCAUGCCAACUGCAAAAGGUAAAGGUUGUUCAGGGUCCCUCCGCUACCGGCCUGCCUCGGAAUAUGACAAUGCCACCCUGGCCCAAAAGAGAGAAUACUGGAGAACCAAGAAACGAGAGCAGAGGGCCCGACUGUCGGAGCAGAGAGGGAAGCCAAUACAUGACAGUCGAGGGACAAAGCUCCUACAUUUAAAUACCCCAGCAGUAGGAAAUUCUGGUUUACCUGGCAACUUAGCUGCUCCCUCUUCUCCUGUGCAGAGUAAUGACAAGUCCUGCAAGACAGCCAAUGUCUCUCCUGCAUCUCGGAGUAGAAAUGUUUUGGGAGACAGUUCAUUUGAAGGCCCUGAAAACCAGAAGCAGAAGUGGUUCCACACAACGAACCCCGACAAGUUCUUGCCACAGUUCCCAGCGUCGUGUUCCGUCUCAGCCAAAGCUGCCGGGGGCAACGCAGCAACAGUGAAAUUCCGAACAGCAAGGGGUGCUGUGAACAGAGCUGUUACCUCACCCACACCUCGUAGUACCCAGCUGACCACCAGUUCCUCAGUGCCUCCAGUCAGAGUGACCAGACUUACCAAUGGCAGCUCCACCCAAACAACACCUCAGCCCCAUGGGUCUAUGCAGGGCACAUCAGUCCCCACAAUGCAACAAAAGGAGCGAGUUGUAUUGGACAGUCAGACCAAAUUCUCACCCACCAAUGUGGCGACGGGUAUGAUUCUUGCGUCUCCUCCCUGUGGCCCCGUCUCCAUUAAAAUCGAAGGGGAAGCAGUGAACACAACACCUCAAGGUGGAACAAAGAGUGCCUUCGUCACCACACAGAGGGCUAAAGGUGUUGGCAACUCACAUCCUUCCACGGAGUCAGAGGAGGAGAGAGCAGCCAGGCGCAGAGAGCACUGGCGGAUCAAAAAGCGGGAACAGCGAGCGAAGCUCGCAGCUCGUAUAGCUAAAGCCAGAGAGAGGAUACAGGGAGCAGAAAUGGUGGUACAGAGGCCAACGGCACAAAAAGCAGGACUCAUGGGUGCUACGCCACUUCAUCUUCCAUCUCAGUCGUUUUUGAAAGGAGCGAGCCAGGUGCAGUCUCUUACUCGGGCCAAAGCUACAUUCACAUCUGUCAAAAGGGAAAAGAAUAAACUGCAAAUUGGGGCAGCGAGUUUGACGACUGUCAACCUGCAGAUAAAAGUACAGAAUCCACAGGAGAACAGGGCAACACAGACAGCUGUCCCGCUGAGAAAGUUUCCAAGUUUUGUACAUAUUUCUAAUGUCACCCGAGGGAUUGCACGGUGUAAAACUCAGAGACAGAGGUUCAUUGAAGCCCAGAAGAAUUUCAUGAAUCAAAGAAACACAAGAUGUAAAUCCCCGCUGCUCGCUUCAGUCUUUGGUACAGGAAAUAUCCCCAGGAUCGACCCCAAUGACACACCUGAGCAGAUAUUAGCCAAACGGCGGGAAUACUGGCGGGUUAAAAAGCGCGAACAGCGAGCUAAGCUGUCAAUGGAGACGAAGGCUCGGACGAAGGAGAAAGACUCUCUGAUGCGAAGAGUGAAACGCUACCAAAAAAUCCUUGAGGAGAUGAGGAAGGCCAGAGCGCUGACACAAUCAGCAGGAAGCACUCUGACCCACGCCUCUGAGACCAUCGGAGGGUUCAUCAAAGAAGAUGGGACGGUGACCAUUAAAAUUCCCAAGGGUCCGACAGGUCACAACACAGCAGCACACCAAUUCAUAGAAGAACUUCAUGUAGGUUCCACUACGACCCCUUUUACACAACCUCAACAUCAGCCUAACCCUAAACGAAGAGGUAUUGCCCCCAUUAGAAUAAACCAGCCCCCUGCUCCACUCUGCCCAGCAAGGGUGAAAGUCUCCUUUCCUCUUUCUGGACAGUUGGUCAACAAGCCACCAAGACUACUGUCGGUCAGACCAAGGACUCAGCUAGAAAGCACAACUCUCUCUAAUUCCCACUCAUUGUCGGUCCAAGCUGUCAGUCAGCUCACACUCACUCAUCCUCAAACUCCUGAAGAUUCUGUUUCUGGAGGAUCAACUGCAGGGUCCGGCCUCGGUGGCUGUGUCAUGAAAAUGGCUGUUUCAAGUAGUGCAGCAUCUCUGUCGGCACUCUCUCUGGAUCCAGGGCUCACGGAGGAGGAGAGAAUGGCCAAGAAGAGGGAGUACUGGAGGAUAAAGAAACGUGAGCAGCGGGCAGCUCGUGCGACGCGACUGAAGCAGGGCGUCUUACAGGCAAGGGCCACUGCAGCCUUGCAGAGGAGGAAGGCCCAGAAGCAAGUAGCAGUAACCUCUGUACCACUGAGCAGAUGUCUCACUAAACUAACAGUAAAUGCACAGCUUCCUCCCGACAACAGUGUGCCUGUUACACCACAUGCAAAUGAGAUCAAACAAGAGACUGAGUCUGUGCCAGCAGCUGACCUAAAUUCACAACCGGAACAAGCCAUCUGUCCAGAUAUCAAACACCCAAAAUCCCCACCUCCAGCACCCCAGCCAGAGUCUGAUCCAGCUCUGAGUGCAGACAGCCAGGCUACCACUUUGCGAGCCGUGGCCUCCAUGAAGAAGCUCCUGGAAGAAUCACUUAGCACGGUGAGGGAGUGUAAAAGUGAGCCGCCCGACAUUAAAAUGGGGAGAGCGGAAGGGGCGUCGGAGCCAGAGAUGAAGCCAGAUUUACCUCAGCUCUUUUUUGAAAAGGAUGAAGCGGCUCCUCUGGCCGCUGACCUGACGCUGCAGAUAAAAAGCUGGCAGCCAGACACCGAGGCCUUGGUACACGCACGAUCGCCAAGCCCUCAUCUCCAAGACUUGCCGCAAGUUAGUGAGACACCUCCACCUGUUCCCUCCUCCAGUGAUGUAGUGCAGCUUCCCACCUGUGAGCACUCCUCCCAAACCCCUUCGAACUUCAUAUUAAACCCCUCAAUGGAAGUCGCCGAUGGUCCAUCUUCACCGCGCAGGACGCGGAGGCUCUGCACCCAAAAAGUGGGCCCUCAGAAUCGCCGCUCCCCAGAGCCACCAAAGCUACGACAGCUACCCGCGGAUCGGCUACAACCACAGCAACAGCACGUUGAAGAACAGUGUCAGGCACAGGAACAAUGCCAAAACAGCAGGUCACCAUCGGCACAAAGGUAUUGCAGUGUGGGGACUGUGCAGGGCGGCUUGACCAGCCUGCAGCAGAAGAGGGAGUACUGGAAGCUGAUGAAGCGGCAGCAACGGGCCCGGUUAAAGGUCAGGCAGAACAAGAGGCCGGGAGAACACAGCAGUCCGCUUUCCCCAUCAGACGUCCAGGCUCCAGGUCUAAAUCCUCAAGCAAAACCAACUCUCAAACCAAAACCAUCAGUUGCUUCUCCGCGCGCGGUUUCCGGCAUCCCUGCUGUCCCGGUUGUUCGCCCGGCAACACGUCAAGCUGAACAGUCAGUGGACACACUCCAGGUCAAAUUGCCCAUCCCCAGUCUCUCCUAUUCCCCCAGAAGUGAGGAGAACAACAUGGACACCGAGCCUUCACAGAUCACGUCCGACUGUCUGGGAGCUCCUGAGAAUCCGGAACAAGUCGUGCCACGAAAGUGGACGUCCAGAAGCACAGAUGAAGACUCAGCCCCAUCGCUCCCUACUCUGAAGCCCCCAGACAACCCACUGUCCAGCAUCAACCUGCAGCCCAUUGAACCCCAUAGUCAAACUCCAGAUCUGAUCCCCGGUCCAAUGACGAUCCCUUGUUCUCGACUUCAGAGCCCCACACAUAUGAUAGAACCUCCCUCCAAGCUGGUACCAAUAAGCACCAUGGUUCCACCGAAGCCCAUCCCCGGCGAGUCGGAGGAGGACUUUCUGAGGAGGAAGCGGGAGUACUGGAGGAUAAAAAAGAAAGAGCAGAGAGCCCGGAAGGCCAUUCAGGACAAGGGACCUACCCCAAGGAGAGCUUCCAACGACUGGAGGCACAUCCUACCUGCACAGGACCCACCGACACAGUUAAGAGCCACGCAGGAUUGUGGUCCGUGGGUGAGCUCCUCUGACGAGUCGGAACAUCUAAUGAGAACUUCAGUGGACACUGACCCGGGAUCAUGUCCAUACUCAAAUUACACAGCGCCAAUAGAAGAUGACGCAGAGCUGCUGUUCGCUGACUACGACAGCAACAGUGGUGAGGAAGGGUCUAUAUCCGACACCGUGUGGAGGAGCCGCUACCUCAUGGACUACGAUCCGCUCAACCAGCUGCUGGUGUGCAUGGUGUGCGGGGAGCUGCAGUACUCCCACAGCCUGGAGGGCGUGAGGGCCCACAUCGACGACGCCCACCCCGACACGCUGACCCUGGAAGCCGGAGAGAGACAGCGAAUACUGGAGGCCUGGGACGAGCAGGUGUCCCGGCGGGAGCGCUUCUUCACCAGCCAACUCCAGCAGCACAGCGGUACAUCAUGACCUCGGAGAGAAGCCGUGUGGAGAGCGCAAGAAACAGGAAGUGAUCAACAGAGAACAUGACUGCAGGAGUCAACUGAAGACCACGAUCAGGAGAGAAACCCCACACUCACUUUGUGUUCUUUAUUUAUUGUCCUUUUCUUGUCAAAUCAAAGUGUUUACCUUCAUAUUAGUCUACUUCAAAGAGAAUGCUGUGCUCACCCGGACAGCAGCUUUACCUCAUUUUCCUACCAGGAUUGUAAUAUUUGUUCUCGAAAGUCAGUAUGGACAUUUUUAUACUGAAGCUGCCACAACUGAGAUUUUAUAACAAUGUUCAAUAUUAAAAGGAGAAGUCCAACAUUAUAGGGAACAUAAUCUCUGUGCUCAACUGGACUAAAUGCAUCCUUUACCUUUCUCUGUAAUGGACAAGAUAAGAUUUACACGUUUUUUAUUUUCUUCGGUUCAUGCCCCACUUACUCAAAAUCCAGUAUAUUAUUUCAGUGUUUUCCACAGACUUCAAGUUCAAUCUGAUGGACUCUAUAAAAGUUCUAUCUGUGUGCAUAACUUUGCUUUUGGGUAGUGUUCUCUGUUCAAACCCCAGAGGGAAAUUCAAUAAAAAAAGCUGGAUUUUCUUAGUUAUUUGCAAAUUCAUUCAGAUAGUUUUGAAAUUCAUCAGAGGUCUGUCUGUGCUUGAUGUUUUACUUAAGCCAAACACUUGACUAAAUCCAUCAUUUACACAACUGUGCUACCAGUGUGCUGACUCGGACAGUGUUGGGUAAUGGGCCGGUGCAGCAACAAAAAUAUUAGAUUUAAACAUCCAGGACUCCAGGGCAGGUAUUUUUCUGAAACUGUGAGAUAAUAAAAGAACCUAUGUAAAAAAGAAAAACACACUGUGGCAUAAGUACAGGUUAAAAGUAAAAUUGUAAUUUUUAACCCCUUAAGGUUAACAUGCAUUAUGUGAUCCCCUGAGAAUUCAGCUUGAAGUGCUGUGUUUUAUCAUUUAUGAAUUUGACUUUGAGGAAGAUUAUGUCAUAUUUUUCUUCCAAAAUUUACAUGGACUUGUUCUACAUUCCGACCAAUGAACAGUCAUAGGUUUAGUGACCCGUGAAAUGCAAAAUGGAUAUAAAAUAGCUUUCAAAUAGAAUCAAUACACAUCACAUUGUUGGACAGCUGAAAGAAAAUGGAUGAAAGAGAUGCAGUGUCAGGUUUGGAAGGAUGUGUUAAUAGCUGUUGUCAGAUCAUAUCAGAGCUUUUAUCAAUAGCUAUAGAUAUCGACUGUGGAUUAUUCAGUAAAAUUUAGAAUAAAACCCUGUGUCGCCAGCUAUCUGGAAAAAAAAAGGUGUCUACGCACACAGCACAAGAGUUAAACACUUUGUACUAUAGUAUAGUUCUAAGAGCUUUUUUCCUGCUCUACUGGCAGGUGGGGUUCAGGUGUGCGAGUGCUCUGGACACUAGUUAGUUUUUUAAUUGUUGCAUGGGCGUCUGGAACUGCUCCACAGGUUUUUGUAUGUGGCAGCCUACAGCUCCAACCUUAAACUUUACACAUUCUUUUUUGACGACUUUUUGUAUUUAGACACAUUCUUUUUUCUUUCUUUUUUUUUUUACAGUGAGUCGCCUGCUGUUCAUAUCAGCUUGUGUAAAGUCCUCUGCAGUGUAAAUACACAAAAUACUCAAAUGAUUGAGGUGUUUUCUUUUGACUUUGUGCAACUUUAUUUAUUAUUUAUUGAAUCCUCCUAUACGACUGAUUAUUGAUGAUGCAUUAUUCAUUACCCAUAGAUAGUUCCACGGUAGACAAAAGUAUCUCAUUUUGUGAGUAUUGAGGAUCGAGAGGCGUCCCUGCAUGAGUAGUAAAUGGAUGAAGAGUUGUAUACCAGAGAUGAGCUCUGGAAAUCAUUCCCCAUUAUUUUUUGUAUUAGAGUUAAAAAAAAAAAAAUGCUGGAAAAAAAAGAAGUUCUGUUUGAGCACAAAGGCUGUUGAGGUGAGUCCGGCUUCGAGAAGCUGCCGCCUGCACAGCCACAACACUGUAAACGGCUGGAAGUGACCAAGCUAGUUGACCUUGUGAGAAUGUAAUCCUGACUUGUUUACCAGUUCAAAGGGAAUGUUCAAAUGCCUUUUAAGUAAUAAACCUUUUCUACCUU